AUACUUGUGGAAAUUUCCCCGAGCGGAAGGGGGAAAAUGCUUCGAGGCGACUGAAGCGGCGGCGGGUCGGAGUGGGCGGCGGCGGCACGACCUACCCGGAGGAGGAGGGCGUUCCCCAGCUUCCACGGCCUGCCACGGAGCCCCGCGAAGCCCUAGCCUCCGCUUCGUCCCACCUCUCUCCCCCGCCGCCUCACUCCGGAGAAGAGGAAGCCGCCGGCGUCGAGAUCUUCAGAUUGGCUGGAUAUGGAUCUAAUUCUUCCAUUUAAAAUUGGAGAUUUUGCCGAGGCAAAGUGCUUUGAUGAAGGUUUCAAAGGCGCAUGGUUCCGCUCGAAGAUAAAAGAUAUGCGUGUCACAGAAUCUGGGCAUCUUGAGUAUUACUUGGAGUAUAUUGACUAUACUGAAGAAGCCAACGAAUGGAUUGGAGUCUUCCAAAAGAACCCAUUCAACCCACCAUGCCUGGAAGGGAAAUCAAAUGGCAGUACUGAAAUAAUGUUGCGUCCUUCCUUUCCUCGGUGGUAUAGGGGGCAACACGCUCCUAGGCACUUUCCGAAGAGCGAGGUGAUAGCACAUGUUCAUGAUGCCUGGAAAGUAGGUGAUUGGGUUGACUGGCAUAAUAAAGAUUGCUACUGGACUGGGCAGAUUAUUGAGUUGACCAGUAAAAAUGUGGUUGAGGUAAAAUUCUUGGAUCAUCCCAUGGGUGAAGGCCAGCAGUGUCUUGCUAAGAAAAAGGACCUGAGGCCUGCGCUUGAUUGGUCCAUCAUUAAAGGCUGGACUGUGCCUCUUUCGACGGCAAAAGGGAAAAGCUGGCAAGCUGCUCAUCUGGUUCAUCCUCAAUCUGAUGUAGAAGAGAGGAGCAGCACAGAUGAAGAUGAAGCUCUGGGAUCUUCAUCAACCGUCAAAACACCUUCGUCGGACAGAAACACCGUAUCUAAGCUAAGCAAUCAGAGGAUGGCGACACACAUAUCAUUAGACCCCAGUCGACGGCGUACCCGCAGUUCCUGUGGGCUACUGAUAUCUCCAUUGGAGCCUGCCACCGUCGAACCGAAUGGAAAUAGCGGUUCCCGCCGGUACCCCUUUCGGGUCCGAAGGAACGCAGCGGAACAGCAGAGAUAAGCUGGUAACGCUGCACACUUGAUGACCCCCACGGGGGUUUACAGGCAUUAUGGGAUAUACUUAGUGAUAUAUAGCACAUCAGCUCUGGAGAAAAUGGCCGAUCGCUGUAUUUGCGGAAUUGGCCAUAUAGGCAGCAGAGGGAGACUUUUCGCGACAUUUCUUAUGAGAGUAUUUGGGCCAUGAUCCAUUGACUGGCUGUUACUCGGCAGAAGUUGUAUACUUAAGGCUGGUUGUUACUUGGACCUGCGUUGUCUCAUGUGGUUCUGGACCUCCGUGUCUGAAUCAGACUGAACAAAAGCUAAGGCCCGUGAUGAAAAAGGAAAAAAAAUAUACUCCUGUUUUUUUUCUUUUCAAAACUGA